AUGUCGGAAUUGCCAGGGUACACAGUGGCACCAAUUCAAGAAGACGAUGUUGACGAGGUUAUGACAUUACUUAAAAGAACGUUUUUCCUUGACGAACCGCUAAACCACGCCGUCGGUCUUUGCACAUCCGAGACGGACCCGUGCCCUGAAUUGGAAGACUACUGCUCGCAUUCUCUUUUGGAAGGACUGUCUUUCAAAGCAAUUGACAGCGAAGGCAAAAUAGUUGGAGUUAUUGUAAACGGAGUAUGUCCAUUGAAGGAGGAGGAUGGGAACGACUUGUUGACACAGGCGCGAAAUUGUCAAAACCCAAAAUUUCAAAGAAUACUGUACAUUCUAUCACGGCGAGAAGAGGGUGCCCGAUUAUGGGAAAAGUUCCCGGAAGAUGACAAGCUUGUGGAAAUAAAAGUUGCCGCUACUAUUCCGCAAUGGAGGCGGCGAGGAAUCAUGAACAUCUUAGUGAAGAAAACUGAGGAAGCAACAAAGCAGCGAGGCAUAAGGCUGGUCCGCUUGGACACAUCCAGCGCCUACUCCGCCAUGUCCGCUGAGAGACUUGGCUACACUUGCGUUUACACAGCUCCAUAUAAAGACAUUAAAAUGGACGAUCAGCCUAUCAUAGUUCCGGACCCUCCACACGAGCAUGAUUGUGUUUACAUCAAGAAAUUAUUUGACUAG